GAAUUCCGUUCCACCCGAUAAGAAUUCCUUCGGUUUCUAUGUCUUACAAUAUGGCAGGGACCAGCGCGUCUCAAGUAGUCCGUCCCCGACUAUCCUAAACUUUUAACGCAGGGGCUACCAGCAACAAUUAGGGACCGCAUCCUUCAACAUGUCCCACAGAGCGGCCUGCACAAACUGAUUGGUAGGUUGAUUCCGCUCCCGAUCUUGGGGUGCAGGUAAGAGGCGUAAUUGUGUUUGAGAUAGGGGCGUAGUUAUGUUUGAGAUUUGUCGCGGUGCGAAUAUCUAUCGUACGAAAAAUCCUAACCUCUUCUCUGUAUCUACCAUAAAGCCCUGCCCUAAGGGUAUCUAAUUGCGAGUGGUUUCUUUGUGUGCAUCUCUUCUUUUGUGCUCUCUUUGAGGUCUGCGACCAUGGCUAAACUUCUACUCUGCUUUUUUGCUGUCAUUUCAUUACUACAGUGCGCAGGCGCACUUCCACCAUACGACUACGAAGGCUUCGCUCUGAAGGGAACCAGGGAGAAUGCUAGCUUCUUUGAACUUCCAGAGCACCCGCUCAAAUUUCAGUCGUUUUAUCCGCAGCUGGCGGAAGUCCUACACGAGGCAUCGACGGGACCAUGCCUUGUGAGUUUGCAAGCGUACGAGGGCAAUCUGACUGCGCGCAGAGAGCUGACGAAAUAUGGUGGUGUGGGCAAUUACUGCUAUCUCCAAAACGACUGCAUCCUCUCAUCGAUCUACCCAUCGACUCAGGCCAACAUGGCAGCGGCUUCUGUGUUACUCGGUCUCACGCCCACCAUCCUGGCCAACUUUGGUCCUGCAAUUCCAGAAAUAGCGUUGCUCUCCUCCCGAAGGCCUUUACUGUCGCUGCUACUAUCCAUGGGCGCUCCAGCCACCUAUCCAUCGCGCUUCCUUCUAUUCGACAACCCCGUCCAUCUCCUGCGCCGCCCGGAACGACCUAGUAUCCUGAAAAUUUCGCGCAUGCCUUUGCGGUUCGCCAUUGCAAUAUCCUUCUUCCAAUACGUCCUCGCCAUUGUAGCAAUCACGAACUUGAUCACCACGUCACUCGAUCUGGGACAGAAAACAGUUGUCAGCUGGAGGUGUUCUGUUUCAUGGUUGCCUCUCAUGUGGGCCAUGACGCCUAUCGUUUGCCAUGCCCCCGCAGUCCUGAGUUUUGAAGUCUAUCGGAGAAAAGUCAAAUCACGCCGGUGCUCGGAUAAGGUGGAGAUGGAACAAGACACAAAUAUGCUGCACAGUGCAAAGGACUCAACCGAAGACCCCCUUCCAUUCCACCAGACAUCCGAUAAUACCAAUGCACGAUCUAGGCAACCAAGGAGCCAGCCGUAUCUCCUACGUCGCGCAGUAAGGAGCGAGUUCACCAUCUCCGCGAACGCAGACACUAUACCCAUAGCGAAAGAGUCAGCAGCAGUACAUCCAGGAGCCUGGAGCAUUAUCUUUCAAGAUAUAGCGUCACUUUUCGGAAUCCUGCAGGUUAUUUUUGGGACCGCGGUGUUUUCGUCACUAUCGUAUAUUGGGGUUGAGGACGCGACUGUAUUGUUGUUAAGGUACGCGACGUCGGCAUUUUGUUGUAGGUUGAUUAUGUAUCUAGAACUUGAGGGGAUGAUUCUGGUUGCACGGGACAAAGAGGGAAAGACCAGUAGCAACGAGAAUUAAAGGAUCCAAGGUUCUCGUGCUCUGUCAGAAGCACGAGAAGAUAAAACCAGGCAAAGGGAC